UUUUGGCGCGGCAGGCCAUAGCCAAUCGGAGAAUUGUUUUUUUGAUCACGUCGAUGCAAAGAUAGCCAGCUAGCGGAUAAUACAAACACAAAGUAUUUUAACGCGCUAAAGUGGUCGGUAAUGACUUAAAUGUAUGUUUAGUUUCGCUUUUCUGGAAAGAAGAAAAAUAUUUCGGAUUUAUUUCGUGAAUAAGUGGUGCAGUCUUCAGAGCUAGGACUCCAAAACACGGUAACGCAAGCUAACGGAGUUAGCCUCCGAUUGCUAAUCUUUAACAUAUUUCGCGCAGCCUUGGACAAUACGAGAGCUGCUUCCUGUUUGAGGUUUAUCUGGGAUCUAUGUUGUAUUGCGACUCAAUAAUAAAAUUUAGAACGGAUAGUAAACCAGCUAGGUGGUUUAAUCGAUUGCACUUACUUAUCUAGUUUAGAGCUGCUGGGCUACCUUAGCCCGUUAGCUCUUUUGUAGCUAGCAUGAGUGAAUUGUCGGACUGCGAACAGUCCGCUGAGUCUGGAUCGAGGAAACGAAGUUCAUCACCCGACCAGGACGAAAACGACAAGGUCCCCCUAAAGUUCACCAAAGUGACUGAGCUGCCAAACGAAAAUGCAGCUGCUUCUUCGGAAAAUUGCAACAAUUGCGAAUCUGAUAUUAAAGAAACAGCUAAGGAAGAGCCAAAAGAUGAUGGGAAACAAGCACAUGCUUUGCAGACAAAUCGUGGUUCAGAACACACGGAUGGGGAGCGCUCACAGCCAGUCAACAGCUCCAGUGCUGAAAGCCAAGACAGUAGUACUACAGACAAACUGCAGUCCUCAGAAGUUAAGGGUUCUGCUGAUUUAAAAGACCGUGUAACCGAAAAAACGACAGAGACAGAGCAGCAUAAAUCAAACCCUGUGGAUCAGUCUGACUCAGCAGCCAUAGCAGCUGCUGAAGCUCUUGCCAGUCUCACAGGGAGAGAUGGAGAGGACAGUCAAGAGACGCCGUGCUCAUCUGAAAAGGCAAAACAGGGAAAGCAUGGGAGCAAGUACAAACAAGGUGGAGGCCAUCAGUCUUCAAAAGCGGGCUUGAAGACACAGGCGGCGGCAGCAGACAGCUCCACAUCUGUACGGGGUGCUGAAAGGAAAGAUGACGCUCCUAAGGCGGAGGAUGGGGAGGAAUCUGUUUCUGGAUCUUCUUCCACACCAAGCUCGUCUUUCCCGUCAGAGAAUGAAGACAAUGAAGACGGGGAGUGUGCCAUCGUGUCAGUAAAAAUGGCCCCCGAGAUCAGGCAGUCGGUCGCUCUGCUCGCACAAGUACAGAUGAGACUAGAUGCUCUUGAGAAGAAAAGUGGCCGUCUUCACCAGAGGCUGGAGCAGAAGAUAAGCCGUCUGAGGCGCCCACAGCUGGAUCAGAGAAGCUCCAUCACCAAGUCCAUUCCAGGCUUUUGGGUGACAGCUCUCUUGAACCAUCCUCAUCUUUCAGCCCACAUUGAUGAGACGGAUGAAGAUGCACUUAGCUACAUGACAGAUCUUGAGAUUGAAUCUUUUAAGAACAACAAAAUGGGUUACAGGAUUCGAUUCCACUUCAGACGAAACCCUUAUUUUCAGAACAACAUAAUCAUGAAGGAGCUGCACAUCGGAAUGGGAGGACCCCCCAUGUCUUUUUCCAAUCCUAUCUUGUGGCACCGUGGACAUAACUUGACCGCUCACAGUGAACCCAGGAAGUCAUCUCGUGGCGUUUACGAGACCUUCUUCAGCUGGUUCAGCGACCACAGUAACCCAGGAGUAGAUGAUGUUGCACAGAUCCUCAAGGACGACCUCUACAGAGACCCGCUGAGAUACUACCUCACUCCUCUCUGGGAGCCCAGAGAAAACGGCAGUGCUGCUGACGCCAGAGCAGCGGGCAACGGCAACGGAGAUGACUGCGUGGUGAUCUCUGACUCGGACGAUGAGCCCACCGAGGAGGCUGAAGGAAGCAAACGCCAACGCAGGGAGGAGGAGGAGGGUGAUGAAGGAGAGGAGGAGGAGGAGGAGGAGGAGGAGGAAGAAGAAGAAGAGGAGGAGGAGGAAGAUGGUGACAAGGGACAAAGUGCAAAUGAGAGUCCAGACGAGGAAGAGGAGGGAGAGGAACAGGAUGGUGGGGAAGAAAUUGUGAUUGAUGGUUCUGAUGACAGUGAUCCAGAGGAGGAGGAGGAUGAAGAAGAGGAAGAAGCCUGAGGAAUGAAGGAUAACGAGUUGCACAGGAAUCUACCCCCGCACCCCCACACGCCCAGAACGGCUCUCCUCCCUCACCAGGGAAUGAGGCUCAGUGGAUUCAGCUCCUGGAUUUCACUUAGAAUUUGCAGAGGCUGCUUGUAAAAACAUGUAUUUAAAUGCCCCCAAAACAGCCCCCCCCCCCUUCAGUCUUCAGUGGUUUUAGCAUUGUGGGGCAAAAUGGCACCAAUGGUGCGAUCUGUUGAAGAGCCACCAUAGGGACUUCCUGAUGUUUGUAGUUCUUAUGCACAAAAAUAUUUUUUUUCUCACCGAAGACGCACAGACUCUUUUUCAAAUCAGGGUCAACUUUAAUGACGAAGCCACGGCGGCGAGAUCUUUCCUGUCAGAACUCUCUUUUCUGCUGUACCGUCAUUCACUUUUUGUGUGCAGUGGAGGGACUUCAGUCGCCUUUUCUUGAUGGCAGUUCAUUUCGAAAUCCCAAGUAAACCAACUCGGGUUAAAUUAUCAGCCCAAAAGUUUUUAUCUUGUCAACUACGCCGGAUGUGUUGAAUUUGUUAGCAUACAUUUCAGAAAACACCAAGUUCUGAGCCAAAACAUGUUCUCAGGGAUGAUCAUGGUGGUUGGUAUUUGUGUUGGAAAACCUUACUUCUCUUCAGACAUUUGCACCUCCUUGUAGUUGGUUGUGUGUCAAUAAGUGUGUACUCUACUGUAGUAAAUAUGUAUGAUGAUUAUCUCUUCCUGUUCUUCAUAUUUCCAUCCCUUUAUUCUCAGCCUACACUCUGUAAUCCAUUAACAUGUAGUUUGAAUAUCAUUUCCAGGAAAUCCUGCAUUUAUGGAACCUGCUCUUACAGCAGACUCAAAAAUAUUUUUCAACUUUAUUUGUAUAUUUAAACCCAUGCAACACGUUUUAGGCCUUUUUUUCUUUCUAAAAAACUGGUAUUUAUUAGGUUUUUCUACACAAUACGGCAUGCCUGUUAGCACGAAAUUACAGCAGCAUAAUGACAGAUAGAGAUGUGUAGAGGGAGCGUGCUGUACAGUCAGUCACAGAAGACCCUGGAAAAAGCUUAGUGUCUGGAUUUACUUACUUUUCCUAUGGAGCUGUGGAUCUGUAAAUAAAUAUGAAUUGAUUUGUUUGCAAAAAAGAUUGGAGUUUUUUCACUGACUUGAUCAGAAAAAUUCUAUUUUGUGUGAUGUGUUUUCUAGAAUGCCAUAGUUAACUGAUAACUACAUGUUUAUUAUUUCCAUUUAUUUUUGUUUGUUGGAAAGUCCAUAUUUUGACUCCUACCUAAUUAAAAAAAAUGGUUGUUAGACCUUAA